UGUAUUUUUGGAUCAGACAACAACACAAGACAUUUAGAAAGGCAACAACAACAACAUCAUCAUCAAAAGGCAUGGACACCGAUAGCAACACCAAUCGAUGGCUCACCAUUCUGAAAUUUCUUCUUUUAACGUUUUUCAGUCCUGUUCAAUGUGCACGUGGGAAUUACUGCUACUCCUACUAUUCAGUUAACGGAUACAAGUUCUAUUACUGUAUCUACUAUUCCUAUUACAAGAACAGUUACAGUAGUUCUGCGUCCACCGGGGUGAUCACUGGAGCUGUCAUUGGAGGUAUCGUAGGACUUGUGAUCCUUGUGUGCAUCGUGGUGAUUAUAUAUGUUAAAGUCUGCAAGAAGAAAAAUGACGGAAACGUGAUUGUCAGACCAAUCCAACCUAACAUCAAUUCAACUCAAAAUACAUUUGAUGGAAACGUGGUCUACCAGCCUGCUCCAAACCCUGUGUGUCCACCACCCUAUGAAGGGUCAUUGGGAUCCGCGCCUCCUGGAACGCAAACAGUUCGUAGUUAUUUUGAUCCUGUCCCAUACAACGGAUAGCUUGAGUCUUCAUCUACGGUACAAUGUUUGUGUAUAACCCCGUCAAACAGUCCACAAUCAAGGUUCUUCAGACACAUCGAUGCCAAGACAUGCACGUGAAGAAUGAAGUCUUGUCAAUCAACAGGGGGAUGCAUUCUCCUCCAUUAUACGUAAAUUCGGGGUUAACAAUGCUGAGAUUUUCUCACCCAAACUGAGAUUUAUCAGAAAAUUUUAAUUUUCCCCCGCCAAACUGUGCCAUCGAACAAAUACAGUGUCUUAAACUCAGACUUGCAAAAUAUUUCCGAAAUGAUUAAUUAAAAGGUUAAUUUGAAUCAACUGUGCAGAAAAAUGUAACAUAUAACAAUGAGUUGGUAGCAGGGCCUAUGAGGAAAAUCUCAGUUGUCAAGAAAUCUUUACGACUUGAGCCUGAGAUCUGAACUGAGAUUUUUUUUUGUUGGAACCAAUUUCAAGACUGAGCCAACCUCUAAUGUUUUCUGAAUUGCACCAAUUAACUUUUUGCUUGAUUGCUAUUUUUAUUUUUAUUCCUCACAUAUAUGUAAAAAGAAAAUGACAAAAUUUGAUAUUAGAACACUUGUUUUUCUAGAAUUACACACAAGUACUUGUGGACAGGACCCCCCCCCCCCCC